UAAGAGUAGUUUUGCAGUUCGUUCUACCGUUAAACAGGAAGUCGUCAUUGGCUUGUUGUCAGUCUGAGAACUGCAUACAGUGGCUGCAGAUGGGAAAAAGCUGUUAGAAAUACGUAGAGGAUAAUAGAAAGAAGUGGAAAGACUCACUUGUCCAAUAUGAGCUUGCCACCUGAGGACAGAGAGCCUGGGGUUCCCAUGGAUAAUUCAAAAGAAGAUGUUGGUGGUCCUUCUUGCACAGGAGAUUACAGCAAACAUGAUAUGACAGUGUGCUUAGGAAAUGGAGAAGUAAAGAGCUGUGCAGUGGUCAAAUACUCUGCUGCCCCACCUCCGACCACCUACGCCCUCCUGCAGGAGAAGACAGACCUGAAGCUUCCACCUGCCAACUGGCUGAGAGAAAACCCCCAGCUGGGCAGUGCUGGCACCACGGUGCUAGGCUCCAGCAGCAAGAGCAAACCGUUCUCUAGUUUUGGGAUGGCCUAUGACUUCAUUGACUGCAUUGGGGAUGACGUGGAUGUCGUAUCAGAUUCUGAGAACAUUAAGAAGCUUCUGAAAAUCCCCUACAGCAAGUCCCAUGUUAGUAUGGCUGUUCAUCGUGUUGGAAGGACGUUGCUUUUGGAUGAGCUGGACACUCAGGAACUCCUAAGAAGAUCUUCUCAGACAGGAGAUUGGACAUGGCUCAAAGAGAUUUACCAGCGCCUAAUAGAUCAAAAAUGGCAGAGAAAGAAGAAGAGCAAAGAGCACUGGUAUCAGAAAGCCAUCUUGUCGAAGUUCCUCUACUACAGUAUAAAUGGUGAUGGGGCUGCAGAACCUGUAACAGAAGACAUGAUAGAAGAGGAUGAGGAGAAUGGAGCCGAAGAGUACAGCUCUUCAUGGCCGGCUACUUUCACCAGUGCAAUGUCUGAAGCAGAUGCUCCCAAACAGGAAAGUGUUCCUGUGGACAGCAACUUUGCUUUAGGUCAGGUGACAUCAGUGCCUAAAGAGCAGAAUCUUCCUACUCUCUUCAAUGAAGGGGAAAACAGUCAGGGCUUAAGGAACGACUUUGUGCGAAACAUCAUGUGGACGUUUGAGGACAUCCAUAUGCUGGUUGGAUCCAACAUGCCUAUUUUUGGAGGUGGUCGAUAUCCUGCUGUUAGUCUGAGACUAAGGGACAGCAACAAACCAAUCAACAUUUUAACUGGUAUCGACUACUGGCUCGACAAUCUCAUGUGCAACGUCCCAGAGCUCGUCAUGUGUUUUCACGUCAAUGGCAUUGUUCAGAAAUACGAAAUGAUAAAAACAGAAGACAUCCCUCAUCUGGAAAACUCAACGUUCUCUACAAGGGUGGUAAAAGACAUUGCCCAAAAUAUCCUCUCCUUCCUAAAGUCUAACUGCACUAAAGAGGGUCACACCUACUGGCUUUUCAAAGCUAGCGGAAGCGACAUAGUGAAGCUUUACGAUCUCACAACUUUGUGUGAGGAGGCUGAAGAAGAGGAAUACCAGAAUCCCUUCACCCUUCCUGUUGCUGUUUUACUGUACAGAGUGGCCAGCAACUUGAUGCUGAAGGCAAGUCAAAACCGAAAGCACUACGGCAAAAUCCGAACUCUGCUCCUAAACUGCGUCAAACUUCUUGAUCCGGAGAAACAUCCUCAGAUCAUCGCCUCGGCCUACUACAUGCUGUCAGAGCUGUUCCAGCUCGACGAGCUGCCCGACGAAGACGGAGGGGAGUCGUUGCGGGCCGGUGGCUCCGAAGACAGCUACAGCGACGAGGACAGGGAGGAAGAGGAGGACGAUGAUGAGCUGACAGAGGACGGCGAAGACGUGGGUACUUACGGCAACCGCUCCAGGCCGCAGGACGACAGCAAAGCGGUAGCCGUGAUCCGCUCCGUGGGGGAGCUGUCGGUCCCUGAGAAAUACAAAUCAACUCACCAGAUCAGACCAAGUUGUGCUUUUCCCAUUUCUCAAGACAAAGUGGAGCGAUGCAGACAUGUCCUAAGCUACGUACUGAAGGGGUUGAAAGCGGUGGAUGGCUGCAUCAAGAAGGAGAGCGAUCUGCCCGCUGCCGACCCCAACACUCCCAUCCCGCUAAAAUAUGAGGAUGGAGGCGCCAGUGGAGCCUCGGAGAAAGGCAUCUCUCUUCUUCUGGAGAAAGCGGGUGCAGGGCAGGCCGACCAGAAGCACCCGACACGCUCAGGAAUGAUCCCAGGCUCCUGGCAGCACCGUAUGAAACUGCAGCUCUUCCUCAAAGCCUCCAAAGCGUACUACGUCCUGUCGGAUGCUGCCACCAACCUGCUGAAGUACGGACGAGCCCUGCGCUACAUCAAGCUCUCCCUGCAGUGUUACGAUGCUUACUGUUCUGUGAGCGAAACACUGCACCCGCAUGUGCUCCAGUUUCACAGCCAGUGCCUGUCACUCUGUGGAGACAUUCAGCUCAUGCUGGCCCAGAACGCCAGCAACAGGGCAGCGUACCUGGAGGAGUACAGCUACCAGACCAAAGAGGACCAGGAGAUCCUGCACAGUCUGCACAGAGAGAGCAGCUGCCAGGACUUCAGCAUGGCAACAGAUCUGGCCAUGGAUCCAGAGUACCAGCUGUUUGUUAGCUGCAGAUGCUACGAGGCGGCACACGACAUGCUCACAUCCGAGGUGUUGAAAGAUCAAUCCUCCGACCAGCUGUCCCAGGUCCUCAAACGGCUGGGAAACAUUCGCAACGAGAUGGGGGUCUUCUACAUGAACCAGGCAGCAGCCAUGCAGACAGAAAAACAAGUGAAGAAGUCUGUGUCUGCAGCGGAGCAGGACUUGUGGAAGAAGAGCUUCAGCUUCUUUGAAAAAGGAAUGAAGGACUUUGAAGCCAUCAGGGAUAGCACCAACACGGCCUUAGUGCUGUGCAACACUGGCAGGCUGAUGAGGAUCUGCGCUCAGGCCCACUGUCCUGUCUCUGCCGACGAGAGCAGAGGAGAGUUCUCUCCAGAGGAGGCUCUUUACUACAAUAAGGCCGUAGACUAUUACUUGCAAGCUUUAAGGGCGCUGGGUAGCAGAAAGAGCCACCCAGCUGUAUGGGACAGUGUGAACUGGGAGCUGUCCACCACCUACUUCACCCUAGCUACGCUUCUGCAGGACUAUGCACCACUGUCCAGGAAGGCGCAGGAGCAGAUUGAACGGGAGGUGACCGAUGCCAUGAUGAAGUCCUUGAAAUACUGCGACCUGCAAACCGAGUCGGCCCGGCAACCGCUGUACCAGUACAGAGCUGCAACCAUCCACCACCGCUUGGCCUCCAUGUACCACAGCUGCUUUAGAAACCAGGUGGGGGACGAACACCUGAGGAAGCAACACCGCAGCCUGGCGGAGCUUCACUACAGCAAAGCCGUCUCUCUGUUUCUCAGCCUCAAAGACGCGCCCUGCGAGCUGCUGCGCACGCUGCUGGAGAGGGUGGCUUUCACAGAGUUCACCAUGACGGGUCAGAGCAGCAGCGUGGCUAAGCUGAAGAGCUUGAUUGGAGCGAUAGAGGUCAUGUCAGAAAUCCGCCAUGCUUUCCAGCUGAUCCAGAAGGAGCUGUUGGAGGAACAGGAAGAACAGCAGACUGAACCAUCUGCCGCCGAGUCACCAGACUCUCCCGAUAAGGUCGGCGGCUCCAGGUCUGGAUUAGACCUCCAGGAAGUGCUGAAGUUAAUUGGCGUGUUUGAGCCAAGUUUCUCCUUCCUGCUGUUACAAGUGAUCAAACUGAUGACGACGAGCAAGCGGAAACCAAGCAACAAAGACGAAGACAUGCUGAAAAACUACAAAGCCGUGUACUCCAAGUUGCUGCGCGCUGAGAAAGACGCGCCCCUCCUCAGUCGUGUUGAGCUCUACAUUGAGCUCCUGCAGCAGCUGACCCCGUAAAUAGGAAGUGACAACACAGGAAUAAAAGGAGCUUAAAGCACAGAGAGGACGAGAGGAGUACAGUGUGUAGCAACUUCAACUACAAUUGUCUCUACACUCUGAGGUUAAGAGUAUUAUGAUUAGAUGCCUUAUCCACUUAAAAUGUACUGACCAACCAUGUAAUGUUCUUAAGGGAAGCAAACCCCUGAUACUUUAUUAUGAAAGAAAGUUCGCUGCGUCUAUUAAGGAAAGCAGCGGGGUAACAUAGCUGGGAAUUUGUAGUUUUGCAGUUCCAUAGCUACUAUUUAGGUUAUGACAUAAGCUUUUUAGUUUUGCCUCUACACACAAGGCUUGUUUUAUUUAUUCUCACACAUAAAAGUCACAUUACUGACUAUGAGCAUCCAUAAGUUAAUUUAUUUCAUUAUUAAAUAAAAAAAAAAGAAAAGCUCAUUAUAACUGUGUAUAACUUAUUAUACACAGUGAUAUAUUUCAUUCAUUUAUUUUUGUUCAUUUUAAUGUUUCACUCACAACUGAUGAAAACCCCAAGAAUCUGUUUUUCAGAGCAUUAUAUUGAAUCCUUUUUAGACGGAGCUUAAUAUAAUACUCACAAUUGUAUUCAUGGAGAAUUUCAUGGACAUAAUUGUCAAUAUUACAUUAAGCAGUCAGCAGUCUUUACCGUGACAUUUAGGCCAUAACAUUUUUGUAUUAAAAAAAACCAAAAAACUUAUUUUCUUUUCUGGAGGAAAAAAGUGGAUUUUCAUCAGACAUCAAAAUAAUCUAGAUUUUAAAUGCAUCACUUUCUGUUUAAAAUGAAAAUUCUCAGACAUUGCAAUAUAUGGAAGUAUACUUGCAAUACUGAAGUAAUAUAACUAGCUAGCUCUUCUAGUAUACACUUGUUUGGAUCUGCAAAUGUAGACACAUUUUCCAAUGGAAAUUUGGCAUCAGUUUUCAUAAAAUAAUAAAAGAAAUCUGCCCAUUUGAAGAGAUCGAUUUCGUUUGGUUCAGACGGUGACGUGAAGCACUGUGCACUUUUUUUUUUUUUUUUCCCCCUUUCCUGCCGCAGGCUUUUAGAUUGAAUGCAGUGAGUUAUUUAUUACAGAAACGCUAUAAUGAGUGUCAGGGUUGUUGUUUAAUAGUCCAACCAAGAGCCUUUAUUUUAUGUUGAAUUUGAGUAAUCAAACUCAAUUACAGCUAUGAAGACUUUAAAUACUUCUCACAAUGAAAACCCUAAACUGAACCUCCUCUGGAGUGAAUGGCAUCUCUUCUAGAUAAUGAUCUAUUGAUCUAGAGUCAAACGAAUCCACCAUCAUGAUACUGAAAACUCGGACAUUCAUCUCAGCACAGCCGGCUAGGCCAUUUAUCUUGCUUUGUAGGACAGCCAUAUGUGUCAGUACUUUGACUAGGCCUUCUGAAAAGCAUUUAAGUAGUCUGUCAUUUAUAGCUUUAAGGUGUCAGAUAACAACUAACUCAAACUCAGGCAACGCUGUUAAUUUAUUUUUAGGGGCAGGUACUAUUAUUAUUGGUUUCUGUUCACGUCACCACUUUUAAACUGUACCUUUGUUUUUAGGAAGGAGUUGUACAUUUGAAUGUUUAAAUUUAUAACCAAUGUACAGUUUUACUAUACCAACAGCCAGACUUAUAGACAUUUCUAACUUUCUAGUAAAGAAAUAAAUUCUUUUUCUCGAGGCUGAGAGAAAUUAUUUAUCAUUGGGUCAGAUUGGUUUCAGGUUGUGUGAUGUUUUUUUUUUUGUUUAUCAAUAAUGCUGUGAAAAAAAAGUAAAGUGAUUUUGGUUAAGUUACAACAUCUGCUUUAGAAAUUGUGCAAUAUUUGAGCAACAUUCAAUGCAAAAAUCAAAAGAGCUGGAUGUGUCCAUAAUGCUCUAUGUAAGAAAGUGAAUCUAUUUUUGUUUUUGCAUGAUUGCUCUAAGAAGUAAAGGACUUUUUAAUU